AUGACCUUGUCAACGGAAGUCUUCUUUGGAAUCCCUGAGCUGGUCGCCCAGGUCUUGUCAUUCCUGGACCGACAAGACCUCUCGCGUCUGAUGCGCACUUCUCGCCACAUGUACACCACUACCGCACCCCUACUUUUCCACUACAUCGACCUGAGGGCCAUUCCUGAUCGUCGCCUAGCUUAUACCCGAAACGGACUCACAUCUCUCGCACGGAAUGCCCAUCUCGUCAAGGCCAUCCGCAUGGACGGAGAUUUCUUUGACCACUACUACGAGUGUCUUGCCACUGCCGCUGCCUCGGAACAACCACAAGACUUCACGACAAGAACAGGAACAGAAGCAGGAAUAGGACCACCAGCAACAGGCAUACAUACGUUUGUCGACAGGCGCUUUCCACUCGCUGCCACUGCUGUUACCUCCUUGGAGCUUGUCAAGUUCCCGAGGAUGAACAAUCUCUCUCGAUUCGAAUACAAUCUUCCUCCUCCAGGCGGGGACUGGGACGACGCCAAGAUUCGAUACACCGAUGAUGCACACUUGGUCCUCUCGAGGUUCUCGCUCAUGAUACCACCUGCCCAAACUCCCCAUCUCGUGAGCCUCACCCUGAAUGGCCCAUUGAUCAGGCAUCAGCGAGACCUUAAUUUAUUGACACAGACUGUCGCGGGAAUGACAGGCCUUCAGACGCUUAGGCUUGGUAUCGAUCAUGCAGAGCAUAUUAUGUACGACCUUGUUCCGCGGAUUUUCUUCAAACUGCCCUCGUCCAUUCAAGUCUUCAUGAUUAGAGUGAUGGAUGUGGGUGAUAGUUGGGAGUCGCGGCGAGAGGGCCGGGACGACACGACACCGACGGCGCAGGAAGCGUACCGCCGAGAUGGACCUUUUCUCAAGUUGAAGGAAUGGGACGUGUACGUGAACUAUCUCAUGGACAACCCCGAGCAUUACUUUCUGAUGCUGCCCUACUGCCCGGAGCUCGAGCUGGUGAUGGUCCCGCAGAUGUUAAACCAGGAUGACGAGGACACUUUGGCCCAGUUCAUUGUCCGUCAGUGUCCUAAGCUUCGACGACUCUCGCGCAUGGAUCUCGGAUUUUCCUUGUCAGACUACGACGAGGACGACGAGGAAGACGAGGACAUGUGGUCUGAAUACGGCAAGUGCGACGGAGUCAUGAUGAAGCUCACCAGCGAGGUCAUGCCCGAGGACACACUGGAGUCGUUUUAUUACGAGGGGUACUACGAGAACAGUGAUUUGCUUCCGCCUAGGCUGACGUCGAUGUUAUCCGCGCAGUUCCAGUCGUUGAGGGAGGUGCAUCUCAGGAGGACCCGCAAUAUGCAUGGGUACUCGAUCACACAACUCCUUCACUUUGCCCCGCUUCUGGAGUCACUCGUAAUUCAGGGCGGUGAGGAAGGAUGGGAUGAGGCACCCAGCUUUGGUGUCAGUUUGCAACAUUUGAGUGACGUUUCGUGGGCGUCGAGUAGGUUGCAGGAACUUCGAGUUGAGGUGGAUUUCGGCUACUUGUCAAGCAUGCUUAUGAAUUCCCGUCCGUAUUCUCUCGACAGCUUGAGUGUUGACAUAAUGGCGUUGAGUCUUGGUGGCUUGGUGGCGAACAUAGGCAAGCAGACGGACCUCCGCGUGUUGGAUCUGAGGGUUGCAAUUCCACGACAGAUUGAGUUUUGGAAUGGCCACAGUUGGACAUAUCGGGAUGAGGCUUUCCCGGGCCUCUUGUCGCUGGGCUACAGACCAGGCAACGGACAAGGACAUGGAGGGGGUCAUGGUGACCGUUUGAAAAGAGGCUACUUGGACAUGUUGGGUGGAUUGUCAAAGCUGGAGGAGCUUCGGGGCUCGGUCAACCUCAUCCCACGGGACGCGUAUGGCUACACUAUAGGACGGGAGGAGGCUGAGUGGAUGCAUGAGCAUUGGCCCAAAUUGAGAGUUGCCGAGUUUUAUCCGACCCAGGCAAAGGACACGUAUCCUGCGGCUGCUGAAUUUCUUUGGCUGCAGAAUCAAUUGCCUGGUCUGGUUUACACUGACGACCUUUCGGCUUAA